AUGUUGAACGCCAUCUCACUGUCGGAGGAAGAGCUAGGAAUGCUGUUCGGCCCAGCCUUACAUGGGGCCGUCAGCACUUCUACGCCCACACUUCGUAACAGAAAAGCCCUUCGCCAAGCGCCUGUUAAACGUAUGGCCAACAAGACGACGCGGGCCGCAAAGGCCAAGCCAAACACGACGCAUCGUGGAGUCAUCCCCGCUCGCUGCGGCUACCGAACGGGAAAGUGUCAGAACCUGCAGGCCUUUAAACGCAACGGAAAGUUGCAUAAGCUGUGUGAGUUUCAUCGCGAACGAGCCAACCUAAACCAGAAAAAGCUGGAUCGCAAGAAGCGGAUGCAGCGCUCGAAGCACUCGCCGUCCCGUUCUUCUUGCAAGUCCGUAACAUCCAAGGACAAGGACAAACCAAUCAAGAACAUUGCGAAACGGUCGCCGCGCACCGUCGAAGCGGCGGUGACCAGCAGCGUGUUCAAGACCGAGUCCAAGAUGGAACUCGACGACUUCGAUAUGGAGCUCGUUUUGCCUACCAAUCUCCAUGAAGCUCCGCUGGCGCUCGGCUGCGAAGAGCUCGCUAUCUUUUGCAGCCUCAUGACCUUCGACGUCAAUCAUCGAGCGCCAAUUAGUCGAGACUCAACACCAGUUCACACUCCAUCAAACCAUUACUAUACGUCGUGUAGUACCGUGUGA